ACCAAGUUGUUCCUUAUCUUUUAUUCAGACCCUCAUCAUUACAUCCCCAUCUUUUUACACUCGCAGCCCCGUUUAUGUGAAAAAUAUAGUUGAAUAGAAGUAAAAUGAGUGAAAUUACGUGGAAUAAUUUGCCAAGUGUAAUAUUGUACGAAGUGUUCUCCUAUUUACCACGGAAAGAUAUCCUCAACGCCAGUUCAAGCUGCAAAUUAUGGAGAAUUGGAUUGCACCAUCCAAAGUUGGGGAAGAAAAUCAACUUUAAAAUUUCAAGUAACAACUCUCAGAGCUUUCUCAGAACGCAAUUUCUAACAGAUCUGUAUGGGCACAGAGUUAAAGCCGUCACCAUUACUUUUGAUUCCAUCGAUACUCCAUCUGUAGAAAUGAUGGAAACAGUUUUACGAGCCCUUAGUAGCAAUGCAAAUUUACAAGAGAUCAAUUUUGAAUCGAGCUACUGCAGCCUUGCAUGUCCUGGUACAGACUGCGAAUCCGGAAUACCUGUUUUAGAAAAGAAAAUAAUAAAAAAUAUUCAAGAAAUCAUCACAAACAGCCGAGCGUUGAAUGUUUUAAAUUUUGGCUGCAAUGAAGAUUUAACACUCCACAUUGGCAGUUUCCUAGAACUCUUAAUCAAGUUCCAAGCAGAAUCAAUCAGUACUCUUGGUUUAGCUUCAGUCAAAGAAGAUUUUAAUGACUACGUUCUACCUGAGCUAGAUGUAACACAUUUUGCCAGUUUUCCUAACUUGCAGGUUCUCAGUGUGGACUAUGAUUACAUGUGCGAUGAAUUGUUAGGCUCCUUAAACAAAACCACUGGCCUACAAAGAUUAAUUAUACAUGUCCAUGGGAUUGAAGAAAAUCAUCCGGGAACUUCUAACCGUGCUUGGGAAACUUUUACACAACAGAAUUCCAAAUGCGAGCUCAGUCUAAAUCUGAUUCAUGCUUACGAUGCUGUAGAAGUGUUGCACAACGGAUUCCUUCAACCCGCCAUGCCAUUGACUCAUCUUCGCGUGUUCUUCUGUGAGCAGCUGAAUGCGCCUGCCAUUCAUCAACUCUCCCGCUUUUCCAACACGUUGCGCACUUUAUGGUGGGUAGACUCUUUCAAUUCAUCCCACGCUGAUGUUUUAAUCGAACCAAAUGAUUUAGAUGAACAACCUGAGCUAGGUGUGAAUCCUUUCAUCAUAGCAGCAUGGCGAUGUUCCAAACUCACAGAAUUAGUUGUUCAUGGCUAUAAAAUGUUAGCAGAAGAUGUUGUUGCUAUUUCAAGAUUAAGGCAGAGUUUGAAAGUCUUCAAGCUACCUGAGUCAGACAUAGUGUUUUUCCCUAUGAAUCGUGUACCUCUCCAAGAAGUAGAAAAGGAAGUAACGCAAAACAUCGGGCACUCAUGGUCAGCAACUCCCGACUCAGAACUGCACUCAGUCAUUCUGAAUCCAACUGGCGGCGAAUCGGAUGAAUUCAUCAUACCGAUUGUCUCGCAAGAUCUGCAAAUCUAAUCCUGUGAAAACUAUCCGUAUUCUGUGAUCAAAAUGAGAUAAGAUUUUAUUUUCAACCAUCUAUUAGAUUUUUAAGCACUGAGUACCUAAAGAGAAGCAUUUUAUAUUUUGUUCGUUGUUUUACCUCCGUUGCACACAAUCGUCACUUAAGUCGACCAUCUCGUCAAUCCAUGUUAACGGUAGGAUUUAGAGGUUUCAAAGAAGGAGUCUAUAAAUUGAACUCUACGGAUUCAUAUAUAGAUGCAUAUAUAUUUUUUUAAAAUUUUCCUUCCCUUUUUAUUUUUAAUCAAAAUUUGUUUUUGUUUAUAAAUUCUUACACGUUUCUCUGUGUCAUUUACAGUCGUUUUUAAUAAUCAGUGGUUGUCUGUCAUCUCCUUUUCCCAAAAAUCUUUCAGUCUUGCCAAAUUUAAAGUUUCCUCCAUCCGAGUUUACAUGUCUGUGAAACUGGGCACCAUAUUAAGUUAUGUGUCUCACUUUGUUGAAUAUUAAAAUUUAUUCAGUGAAUGACUUCAUGAAUUCUUCCCGAGCGCUUUUUAUCCAUUUCUCAAAAUGCAGGAAAAAAGGGCGAUUAUCCUUUUAAUAUUUUUUUUAUUUGAUUUCUUUUCCACAACCUUUUGCCAAAGUAUUACUUUGUUUCUUCCUCUACACUCUAAAACUGUAUCUUUCACUACUGGGUGCUAUUCUUUUUCUAUUUUUUCAAGGAAAAAGGGGAAAAUAUUUAUAAUAAAAACAAAUGACAAGAAAGUACAGAAAGAGCAGUAAAACCGUCAUAUUUUCUGACAGGAAUGCAAAAGAGUGCUCGAAAAGCACAUACCCGCUGUUAUUGGGUUUGUAUGUAUUGACACACAGUUUUUGUUGUUUUCUAGGUCAUUCACUUUUUUCAAUUGAAUGGAAAAAAUUAAAGGGAAAUGCUAAUCAUCAUCACCUAGGAAAAUAUGAAGGUAGCAUGUAAUGAGCACAACCACUGAUUCUGUUUUUAAUUUUUUUUUCUCAAUUUUAUUGCAAAGGAAAAAUUUACAACUUGGAAAACAUUGUGAAAUUUUGUUAUGACUGAAUUGUAUUUUAAAUAUGCUGAGAUGAUCAGACAUUCAUCAUUACUUUCAUGAUGACUGUGCAGGAUAGCACCAUCUCAAAAUGUUUUUUUGUUGUCUAGAUUAUAUUCUAAUGAAAUGAGAAGGAAAUACUUCCUUCAGGUGAACAAAAUGGCUCAUUUACUCAGGAUGUAUAUCAGCUUAGUAGCGUUGGAGAGAUAAAGUCUAGGUUUUUAGGAAAUUUUCAUUUUUUAUAAGUGCUUGUUCUUUUGCCAUCUUUUAGACUAAGACUUACCAAGUCACUCUGGAUCAAACUUUCCUUCAAAAUAAGAAUGCGCAGGACACAAAGGUUGCUUCAAAUAACUGAAAUAGGACUUUUACUCCAAUUCUGUGCUCAGUCGUGGAAAAAACUUGACAAAAUUUAGGCCACUAAUCCGAAUUACAAUAAGUCACAUCUUGACGACGACCUUCUACGAGCAUCAGCUUCGAUUUUGUCCUUUUACUGGCAUCUAUUAUCCGCUCGUCAUGCUUUUUUCUACUCCUAUCACAAUUAUCUUACGAUGAGUCAUCAAUUUGAUCACUGGUUUUGAUGCCUCAGUUUUGCCUGUAGUAUUCUAGUGGCACUAGAUGUUCAUGGGAAGUGCCUUCUUGACGGAAUAGGCGAAGCUUGAUGCAUAAAGUUCCUUGGGUAGCGCAUUAUUGUGCAUUUCAAACUGAGUUCUUACAGAAUAGCGAGCUGAAUGCAGCAACCGUACAAUACAACACUCAAUUGUUGUUCUAUGAGCAGUUGCUUCAGAGUUCAUGUUGAGUAGUUUUUGUCUCUUGUGUCUUAAAGCAGUGAUAUUCAAGAAAAUCAAAGCUUUUUUGAUUCUCUUACUCAUGAUCAGCGGUCUUUAAUUGCCUAAUUAUUCUGCUGUAUUUUCUUUUGCUUUAUUUUUUCGAAUAUCCUCUCAUAGAAGUAGAAAAAUGAAGAAGAUUUGCAUGAAUUCAUGAGAGUCAAUUGGUAUUUUUCCUCAAUCAUCAGAUGUGGAAUUGAAAUACGUUCGAUGGCACUUGUCAUUUAUUUUGUAUUGUACAAAUUCUAGUGACUAUAGACAGGCUUUAUCCUUCCUUGUUAACUUUCGUCUGUCUUUUAAGCAGAACAAAGUUUUCCAAUUUUUGAAGGACUGUUUGUAGAAAAGAAAAGUUAUCAUCAGUAGUCUAAAUUUUUUAAAUUAGGGUGUGAUGAACAACUUUCUUGUGGAUGAUAUUUGUCUAAAUUAUAAUUUAGACCCAAACUAGUCAUGUCACUGAAAUUCCAGUCAUCGCCAGUUAAACUUUUAAAGUCAAGUCUAGAAGUCUUACAUGCAAAAAACUCUAUCCGUAAUUUGCAACACCACCUCUUUCUGUGUACUAACUACUUAAAAUAUUUUACAAUUUUCUGUUUUAUCUCUUCCUUCAAAAAUCUUCUAGAAUCUCUAGUUGUGUAGUUUUCAAACAUUCCUUCUUUUGCCAUCGUGUUUACUUCCCAUCAGCAGCUAUUUCAAUUCCACUUAACUCUCAUAGGCUGAUUUCAUUUUGUAAUCCAAUAGUUAUCGAACAUUAUCGCUCCACUUUCUUGCAUUUAUUAAUUUCCAUCUCUAUCUUCUAAAAUCAUCUUGUCUCUCCGAUCUUUUGAAGGAUGAAAAGUCAUGAUUAGCUUCUUAGAUUCUCUCAGCUUAUCCUCUCAACCUUUUUCCUGUUUUGCUCCGUACAUAAAAACCCUCCAUCCCCAUUUUCAUUGCUUUUCAAAUAUAUUUGAAGGCUUCUUUCAAGAUUCUUUGUUUCAUUUUACUAUUUCAAUCAGAUCGGGACCAAACUCACUGAAAUUGCUCAACCAACCGUUAAUGGACUCCUCCGUUCUCCUCUUCUUCUUCAUCCCUAGACAAUUCCUAAAACGAAGCCCUGUGAAUUAGAAUGAAAGAUUCUUUAAAAAUUUCGAUACCGUGAAGAGGACUUAGAUAAUUGGGAUGCCAAAUUGAAUCUUCCCUGCCUUGAUCGGGUCUUUCCGCCCCUUUUUUUACCUCUAUCCUGCAGAUUGUUAACCUUUAUUCUGAGCGUAUGACAUCUAUGUAUCAUAAAAGCAGUUUCAUUGGUAUGUCACAUUUUCAAAGCUGUCACACCUUGAAUUUUCUCUUCCUUAAACUAACGCAGGAAAAAAGAAGAAUCGGUUGUCGAUUAAUUUCUAAAUAGUAUUUAAAUAUUUAAAUUUGAUUUUCCCAAGAUCCUGUUUACAUACACCAAAAAAUCGUUCUUUUAAAUUUAACUGUGCUGUGUUACUCCGUUAAUGAUUCGUCACUUCAUUUUGUCUCAAAUCUUGUCCUCCCCAUACGUCCUUCAAUUCCUCUGUCCAGUAUGGUAAAAUUUAGUCAAAUGGGACUGUGCAGAAACUGCUUAUGUCCAUUUUUUCAGCUUUGAGUUUUUGUGAAAGUAGUGUAAAAACCCAUUUUGGGAUGGAGGUAACAAAGACUUUACACCUUUUUUAUGGUUGUUUCUUAUCUAACCUUGAAAAAUACUAUCAUCCUGAAAAAAUUCAAAAUUGGAAGAAUGGAUACAAGUGGCUUUCAUAAGACCCGACUCAAUUUCUCUGCCACCCCAAAAUCAGACUUUAUCCCCUCAUUGACCCCUCAUAGUUAUCUCCCUCAUCCUCUAAAAUUUCCUUUUCAUGAUAAUAUCAACUAAAAAAAGGAUUUCCUUUUGUUUUGUGAUGUUUCCGCGGGUCUUUCUUUGAAGAAAAGCGUAGCUACCCCUCUUUUUCAUUAACUUAUUAUUCGGUUCGUUGUCACCAUUUUUGCAUUGAAAUAAUAAUAGGGCUUAACUGAUAUUCUUGGUUGUAUGCAUCUGUACGAUGUUAAGCGUUUGUUAAAAUUUCCUAUUGUAGUUUAGGGAAAUUUAAUUUUUUUACGUCACUCUUUUUAGCAAUCAAAGUUUCUAUGCAUCUUAAUUUAAGUUACUGCAAAAGUAUUAUGUUUGGUAGGCUUCAAACUCGUUGCCGAUUCUGCCAACAAACAGUUUUGAAAACUGUAACCAUCUGUGAUGUAACGUUAUAUCGUAUUCCAAGUUAUCCUGCAAGGACACCAUGUAAUCGUGUCUGAUCAUCUUACCAGCUGAUUAUUUCUCCUAAAAUAUCUGAAGAUUCAGUGAUUGUUUUAUUGUUGUUGCGAAACAUGUUUAUGUACCCUCGAUUUUUCUGUUUUCGCCUCUUCAUUUUUUACGUUUUUCCCGUUUUUUUUUAGAUUUUUAUUAUGAAAUUCGAAAAGUUUUUCAAUUGCAAAAGAGUGCAUUUCAAGAUUUGAUAGUGGAUUUACUGUUGAAUUACAAAGCUAAAGAACUUGUGAAAUGGUUUAUCAAACGAAUCAGUCUUAAGGUUGUAGUGCUGGAGGAGUUAGCUCACUCCUUCACUGCAAUCGUUCAGUGCCAAGAGUGUGUUGGAACUUGAGAAAUCAACAGAGUUCAGGAUUGCUGUUAUUAACGUCCUUUACAAAAAGGAGAUUGAGAAUUUCCUCACAUUUGUUCCUAGUAAAACUUGAAAGUCAGAUUUUCUCCUCAAUAUUUUUGACAGCUCUAAGCCUAACCUUGAUAACUUAAUUUCUUUAAUUAUAUUCAUGGGCUCUAUUGAAAUGCCUAUUUUCAUUAUUUCCCAGCAGUAUUUUCUUCUAAGUGUCCAACCCUAUAAGUCAGAGUCAGCUCACGCGCUAGUGGAAUUACGGCCACAUCCUUCUGUCUAUGCUAAGAGUAAGUUCUCUGAAACAGAUUUAUAAUUCCCUCCAGAAGCAGUUUGUUAUUUUUCUGGAUAUUUUUGUUUAAUAUCCAGUACAUAAACAUCCGUCUCAUUAAGUAAUAAUAAAGCAACGAAUCGAGACCUUCAAUCACUCUCUGAAAUACCUAGUUGAGUCGCCGCAGAACAUACCUCUAGACGAUGUCUGAGUAAUUGGUUUAAAUAUUAAGUAUUGUAAGGCACCAAGUAAAAAUUUAAGUACAGCAUCCAAUCAAACCUCCACAAGGGUUUUAUAUUCUUCCAUCAGACGCUCUACAAUCAUAAGAGGAGUGUUCUGUCAAAAAUAUUUAAGAAAAUCAGGCUAUCAACCAACGCUUUCUAAGACUCUGUCAUUUGUUAUGAAGAGAUAAUCUAUCCUUUCGUUUUACCAUCUUUAUCUUGUUAUCGUGAUGAUUCAUACCUUGUAAGCUUUUUAAAGCAGAGCUAAGUCCUUCCAGGAAAUACUCUGUCAUUUUUUUUCUCUUUUUUUUCGUAGCUUUUAGUUUUAUUUGUUUCAUUGUACUUCAGUAAUGCACACCAAUUGGGUACUUAUAUUUUACAAGAUGUUUUAUAUUUUUUGAUGUAAUGUAGAAAUAACUAGCUGUUACUGACUUAAACAAGAAUCUACAAAGGGUUCCAAGCCACGUGGCUCAUAACAUUCAAUUUUUAAAACUAGUCAUGAAAUCAAACUCAAAUCUUUGAGGAAUGGGAUUGGUAUUUGACAAAGACUCGGACCAGUAAACUAACCAUCUAUUUCAAAAUUCUCAGUUUUCCACCACAUUGGCGGUUCUCCUUUUUCAUGAUAGAUUGAAAAAAUUUCCUCUUGUUUUAGCAAUCCUCCUCAUUGGUAUCUUAAAACUCCUCCUGCAGACUUUACCUGCCAUCCUGCCCAAUCGAAAUCGAACUAUUUGAUCAAAAUCAUUCAAAGAGUCUUCGUAUUUGUGAACAAUUUUGUGAGAGUUUCAAAAUUCAAUACUGUUUUCUCAGACUCGAGCAAUUGUUCAUCAGCUGUCCCUAACAGUUAAUCAGUCAUUUCAAAAUCUUUUUGUACGUGUUGGAAAAUGUAGACCCAUUUAGUGAAUACUAAUUUUUGCUCUCUUGAAGUAGCAAAUGUCUUGAGUGAAGGGUUCAGUCCUCAAGACGUAGUAUCAUGAAGUUAGCCGUCUCUUUUUAAACUCCUCUAAUGAAAUUGCCUCCUUUUUUAUUAAGCACCGUUUGAACCCCGGUUUUGAUCCCAGAAAUGCCACUACAAAAGUCCGGUAGUCCUUUAUUUUUGCCAUGUGGUAGAUUACUUUUUUUCCUUUCUUGUUUAACAUAUCGCCAAUAUCAUUUAUCAUUACUUUUACAAGUACCGUUCAUGUUUCUAAUUUAAAUCUCUCACAACCUUACCAGGUAUCAAUGAUUUAUCACUAAUACUCCUUGUCUUAAUCUCCUCCCAUUUAAAUCAUCUUGUUAAGGAAUGUAUCCACCCUACUUAUAUAUCCCAUUUGUGCUGCUAAUACCUGAGCAUUAAAUUUCCUUUCCCAACAGAUCACAUCCCAAAAUUAUUUUAGUUGUUAAGAACAUCAAAUGUCAUCUUUUUUGAAAUUUUGUCUUAGUCAUUCCUUUUUUUUAAAAAGCGAAAUUCAUGAAAUGUCCGUAAAUUAUCAUGGAACAGUUUGUAAUAUUUAUCAUAGUUUGUUUGCAUGUAUUAAUGCAUGUAUUAGAACCUCAUCAGCCCUGUCAUUGUUAGUUUUUAAUUUGAUUGGAGGUCUGAAAUGUUGGGCUUAGCCUCAACUCGGUACCUAUUCAUUUCCACGUCUGAAUAUGUUGUGUACAAAUAUUUUAUCCAAUCGAGCUUGCCCCUUAUACAUCUCAGAAUAGGCCUGUAAUGAGGGUAAAUGAUAACUUUAUGAGCGAGAAUGUUUGUCAUUGUCUAUACCGAAAGGCAAUGAGGUAAUUUUGAAAGUACUCGCAAUUUUUUUUCUACUUUGCCUGUAGCGAUUUCUCUAACAAAAUUGAUUGAUUACUCUCGCAAGUCCCAAACACUGACUUGAGAAGCAUUGAUCAUCAAUACUAUGGUGCUAGUUUUGCAGAAACAAAGAUGGUUUAUAAACGAUAAUUAUCUGCUUUAAAAAUGUAUGCUAAUUAAAAUGACAUGAUCCGUCUUUAGGUCACAAGUUGUAUGCAAAUUUUAAUAUCCAUCCCAGAUAAACAGCUUUGAUUCGGAGUAGAAUUAUUCAAAUACCAUAAUUUUUUCAAUCCAUACUUCACCCAUGCAACAUUUUUUGGACUCCUCAAAUUGAAUUUCAAAUUACCAGUUACCAGAGGAUUGUCAUUGAAGAUUUUUACACCUUCUUAAUUGCAAUUUAAUACAAAUGAGUGUGUGAUGAAUAGCUUUCCGAGUAAUUUUUAUUCGUUAGGGUGUCUACAGGUCUGGAAAACUGGGUAUUGUCAGGAAAUUCCCAAAGUUGGGGGAAUCAGGGAAUUUUUUGAGAUGGGAUGAAAAUUAAAAAAAUCUUGAGAGUUGAAAUCUGAAGAGCAUAACCUUACCGCUGCCCACAUAACCGAUCAAUCAAUCAGUUUGGUUCAGGGUUCGGUUCGGUGAUUUGAUCUACACACUGAAUAGCAAAUAAAGGAAUAAUUUUUAAUAAAGAUUUGCAAUUUUAGUCAAUGUAAUGAUUAAUACCUGAAGAAAAAGGUUUAUAUGUUUCUGUCACUUGCAGUGAAAUUAAUGAAAAAAAUAAUCGUUCAUUUUCAGUUCCGUGCAUGCAAAUUUUCUUCGGAAAUAAUCAGGGAAUUUCGACCAUUUUGGUCAGGGAAAAGUCAGGAAAUUUUUUCCUGCCAAACCUGUAGACAUCCUGUCCCAGCCAUUACUGCUCUUACCAAAGUUGUAUGCUUAAGCAAAGAUCAUUGAAACAAGAAUAGCAUCAUAAGUCCUUUGAAUCUUUAGAGUUUUGGCACAGUGAAUUUCUCAGAUCUCCAACCAAUUUUGAAGAAAAUCAGUCACAAAAAUUGUUUCUAUAUGUAUGUCAUCGUUGUUAUUGUACAUAUUUUUAACCAGCAGUCAUCUCUGAUUUGACCCAGAAUACCAAGCUAGGUUUUGUUGAUAUCUCAGUUGAUGUUGGAAAGAUUUUUAUUUUUUAUUAAUGUUUGUGGAGUGCUCCCUAAAUUCUAUUGAAUGUCAUAAAGGUGAGAAUGCAGAGUUGGUGUGUAAAUUUUUAAAGAUCCAUUAUACUGUCCACCACAAUUUCAGAGGAAGUUAUGAACCUUAACAUGAUGCAAAGUGUGCUUCAUAUGAUACCUGUAUUUUUGUCCGCUCAAAUAUUGAGUGACAUCUGAUUAAUUGUUGCACAUCAAGGUUUCACGAUUUUUUUUAUCCAUAACUUAUUUUUUUCAACUUUCCAAUGUAAGCUACAUGGAAUGAUACUUGAGUGUAUCUUUCAGCAAAAGAGCAAGACCAUAAUCAGGACGUCGGCUGUAAGCUUUCUCUCAUUAAGAUACCGUUGAAUGAGAUGCUAAUAUUCAAUCUUCAGCUAAAAAUGAACCAUGAUACCAACAGCAAUCGGCUGAAAGGGGAGUUGCUUUGAUGGCAAUAACUACUUUAAUAUGCACCUUUUGUGGAGCAAGAAAAUUAGCUCCAUCUAUCCAUGAGUUGAUUUUGACUGAUCCCGGUUGAUUGUAGUAUUUCUCUGAGAAAGGUCUGUUUUAUUUUUUCAAUGCAUCUUUGAAAAUAAUUAAAAAGUUGGUCUUUUCUCGCCAUAUUCAGUUCAAUUAAAAAGUUGGUAUUUUCUCGCCAUAUUCAGUUCGCAUGGCUCAUUUGAGUUGGCUGUCGUCCAUAUAGCGCAAUAAUAAAGGUACCUCUAGCUGUAAGAUAUGCUACAGCAAAUUUCAACAACUUUGGCUAACAAACUACGUUUAGGGUGAAAAUUCCAUCCCUAGCAAUAUCAUAAGAAUUAAAUAGUUCAUUUACUUCUUUUUAUUUAUCUAAAAAAUGUAUCUGUUUGUAUACAACACAUUUCCAUGUAUCGCCACCUAAUUUCUUCAAGCCAAAGAUUUUGAAGAAAGGUCAGGUUUCACGCUCUCUCUUGAAUUCGAGGCACAAUUUAGCAUCAUAAAUGUUUAUUCAGUGUCAGUUCACAAAAGUUGCAUCAUCCUGAUAAUUGUAAAUAUUUCUCUAUUACUUUGCCUAGCUCAACUAUCUGAACACUACUUUGGGUAGCAAUGUUCCUUUCAAACUACAUCAGUCUUUUGAAACAUAUGUUUGAAACUCACUUGCAAGAAAGAUAUGUGUGAAAAUCUUCUUAGAUAUCUGGUAGUUCUCAUAAUUAAACUCUCUGUCAAGUCAAAAAAUCCAAGAUUGUUGAGACUUUGCCAGUUUGCACUCAUAUUGUCUGUGAGACAGUAAUAUUGAUAGGAAUUCCUCGUUCAUUGGCCUCGAAACCUGAAUAUAGGAGAUACUUUUAUAUGUUCGAAGAUGCGUUUAGGGGCCUCUCUAGCUCAAGUACCUAAAGGAGCAAUGUCUACUUUAUUCACCAAAUCAUCGCUCCACUAUUUGUAAAAAUGUUAAUAAACCAAAUCAUCUUUAUUAGGAUUCCAAUUAUUUCCUGUCCCAAAGUCAGGACCUGACUGUGUCAUCGAGUUAGCCUUUGUAUGAAUGUGAACCUUGAAGUUGUAUUUUACAACUUCAAAUGUCUGAGCCACCUUGUUUUUUUUAGAUUGCUUGCCUGAGUGGUGAAUUUAUUAGCUGUUAGUAACUUGUGUCACUUUUUAAGAUCUCUUUACACAUUGUGAUAUGAUACGAUAUUAAGAACCAAAUUUUUGUAGCGUUAACAAAAUACCAUCCUAUUUGUGAUUAAAUCGAGAGGUUAUUUAUUUUAUUUUUUGUGACUUUCCAACAAGUAGAGGUUAAGAUGCACAAAGAUUGUUUAUUAGCUGUUAUCAAUCAGAACCCCAGAGACAAUAAACCAGUGAAGUCGUGUCUCGAAAAGCACAGGGCGCUGCAGUUACUUUCCCCAUCAGUAGACUUUUUGUUGUCUCAUCUUACUACAAGGAAAGUUGCCAUGGGCAACGGCCAGUCCAAUCUGGGUCUCCAGAGAAGACAAAUGUCGUCUCUGACCUCAGCAUGAACGUACAAGAGACAUGACUUCACUGUAAUAUGAACACUUGAGUUUGGAGGUGUUACAGCUUAAAACGGGUAUUAAGAUCUGACUUACAUACCAUUCUCAAAUGUCUCACGAAUAUUUACUGUAAAAAUGAAAAUCUUGUUAAUCUGUUUUAUUAUAAAAGCAUUGCCUUUUAAAUUGAGUUACUAUAUCAAAGCUAGAUUGAUUGUAUCAAAUUUGUUUGCAGAUAUUAUUUUAAUUGUUGAGCAAAGGCUAUUUAUCCACUUAUUUUUGAGGAGAAACCAUGAUGCAUGGUAAAUGAAAGUGAAGUCACCCUCACUACAAAAAGUUAUUAUUUAUCAAUUUAUAAAAGUUACGGCGGAUUUGUUGCAGGUCUGUGACACUUAAAUACAUUGGCCUCUUUUUAGCAAUUGAUUUCUAUUCCUGGCCUAGCCCUAGAAUCGAAACUUGAAUUUUUUCUUGAAAACUUUAUUCCAAACCAUUUUCAUUGUAAUAGCACUCAAUUUUAGCUUUUGUUUUUGUAAAGUACUUGUAUUUCGCCUGCUAACGAGAGCUUGAGGAAUACAAAAAUCAUUCUUGAAACAAUAAGUAGGACUGUUGGAAAUAUUUUUUAACAAACAGGUUCAGUUUUCAAAGUAAGUUCAAGGACCCUUGUUACUCUAAAAUGAGACUUUAGUCCAUCAUCAAGACUCAUUAGCAAGGUUUUAUUUGUAAAUAAAUUCAAUUUCGAAGAGUUUAUUACUGUACUUUAAUUAUUAUUUUUACAGAGUUUAAUUUAGUUUACACACCCUUACAUAUAUAUUUUUAUUCAUUGUGGUGUUUUGAUGAUAUUUUCCUUUAUCUCUUUAUCUAUCAAGUAAUAACCAAAUUAGUGUUUAUUAAAGGGGUUGCAAUAGAUUAAGAGAACGUCACUCAAGGGCAGCAGUUGUUAAGUAACUUUCAAUUUGUCUAGAAUUUUGAGUUAACUUCUGCGGCCUAUGAAGGUCAUCAAUCACUAUCUGUUUACAUAUGCUGGUUUAUGGAUUUCUCAUGUCCUCUGAUAUAAAAUCUUAUGCGACACUCCUUGUAGGUAGUUAUUAAGGUUUAUUACUAUGUAGACUCCUUGUAGUUUGUAAGAAUGAAUCUUUUAAUUGAAGCAGUGAUAUUUUUGUAAUCAAAAAAAUCAAAUCUGAAAUCAAAGGCAAAUAACGUUUAUUAAAUUGUAAAGAGAUAGCAUAUUGUAGAGUCAUGCAUCUCAUCGCAACAAAAAACCAUCAGCAGAAUAAAUGAAUUUACCAUGUCAUCGAGCCUCACCAUUGAGGAAAAGGAAAAUGCUCUUUAUCAUUUCAAUCAGAGUAUUUUAUUGUUUACAAAAAUUCUAUUGCUCGCCCUUAUUCAACCGAAGGAAAGAUAUUAAUUUUAAACACACAUAUGUAUUAAAUUUUAUUUUUAAUGUAUAUUUAUCCGCAUAUAACUAUACGUGUAUGUAUGCAUUUAUACUUAAUUGUGCUGGGUGUUCUAUUGUUGCUUCUUAAGGCCACUGUUUGGUCAAUGUGGUGUGGUGAAGAUUCUAUUACUUUCUUUUGAAUUAUGAAAUUGUGUAUCAUCUUGAUUUAAGAAAGGUGAUAGCAGCAGAAAUGUUAAUUCCUGUUGCAGUAAUUUAUUUUAUGGAACUUCCCAAUAAAUAUUUGCUGUCAUUCCCUUCUCACACAAUCCCCUCCAUCUGAGGAAGCCAUCUGAGAUAUUGUGACAAAAUUUGAUACACCCAGUAAACUCCUUUAACUGGAGUGUUUUGAAAUUGAGACUGGAUCAUUUCAAAUGCAGUUCUAUUUGUUGAACUUACACAGUGAGAUACGCAUUUUCGCAGUUUAUUUACCGAAUUGUUCUUGAUAAGAACGAUACCUCUUCAAUGCAAACCAGAAAUGAGAAAUUGUCAGUCUAUUUCAAAACACUUCGUUCUAAGUGGCAGUGGUAUACCCUGGUGAGCUGUGAGUCAGCAACCAAACCUUCUUACAUUUCCAUUGCAUCAUUUUGAAGUUCAAUGAGGAGCUGCUACAUAGUCUAAAGAAAUACAACAUCUGUUAUUUUUUUAUCAAGGUAAAGUCGACUAGAAGCCCUCGCACUUUGAUGUGUUGUAGAAAAACAGUUAUCAGAUCCACAGAGAGUUACUUGCUUUAAUAAGGGACUCAAGGCAUUCAAAAUUGGACUGUAAUUCUGCAUGGUUUAGCUUUGUAACUGCCUUGAUACCAAAAAGUUAACCAUCUAGGUGUGGAAGUACAUGUACAAACAAAAACCUGCUGUCUUGAAGAAUUGUUGAUUACAUCAAAGUAUCACUCCUAGUGAGUAUUCUUCUUAAAGUCAAAAUCUAAGUUUUCAUCUUUAGAUAUGUCAGACGUACCUCAGCAGCAUAUCAGGGAUUGCCAUUUGUCACUGUACAUAGGGAUUUGUUCAACAACUUGUAUUAAUUCAUCAAAGAUUAUUUAUUUUAUCCUUUCAAAUUCUUUAAAAGCGUUAUUCAUGUUUAGAGUUUUAUUAGCUAUUUAAAUUAAGUAUCAAUUACUCUCAUUAUUGUAGUCAUUCAAAAUUGUUUGUUAACAUCAUUGAGGAAAUCAUUCGUUAUAGAAGUUUAUUUUUUUUUUCAAGUAUGAUGUUAGACGUUUAUUUCCUCGAUUGCCUUUUCAAGUCAACAAAUAUUAAACUGUAUUUAUUGUAGACAAAAUGUGAGUUCAGAACCAUUAUCUUUGACCAAAAGAAUGAAUCAGCUUGUGAUUUGUAGUGUUCCAAGAGGGUACUCUCAAAGAAGUACACAUUUAUGAUUGUCAGAUUAAUGAAAUGAGUCACUUCUGAUGAAAUUUCCCCCAAAAUUAGGAUGAAAUGUUCAAUCCUUGUUCAAGUUGUCAAGAACUAAAAUUUCAAGCAGUCAUCGCUCUGUUGUUUUUGUGGGAGCUAGGUUUUUCUGUAAGUAAAUUUUGCAACCUUGUAAUAAAGAUACGUUCAUUCGUCUAGGAAACGACGAUUUAACCAUUGAACCCCCAGUUUCAUACAUUCAUUUGUCUGUUUUUGGGCUUAGUAUUGUUCAUUUUUUCUUUUUAUUGCGAAAUUUUUUCCGAAGUGAGCUCUCGUGCAUGUGUACAAAUUUUAUCAAAUACUUGUCUGAAGAGACAUAAGUAUAGUAAAAUCAAGAUCUUUAUUUUUUUAAGACAUGUUAGAAAAUUCCGGAAGAAGAAUGUUAGUUAAUUAGUAAUGCAAUAACGUUAGAAGAUUGCUAAUAUUUGAAACUUUGAAUAUUCUGUGGCAGUGGUUGGAAAUGAAAUUGAUCAGUCAAACACAGGAAUCAACUAUUUAUCCUUCUCAUUUCGUUGGCUAUAGCGCAGAGGAGCAAAGCUCUGUAUCAAAAUGUCUGUAACGAUUUCAUUCUAUCAGGAAGUAACCGCCAUUACAAUUUUUCCGGAAAUCUCCACUAUUUUCCUCUGUAUGGAUGCAGAACUUCUCUGAAAUUUCCAAACCUGAAAGUGCAACGAUGAUUUGUUUAAAAAUAAUAUGUUUACUGAGAUUUUUUUACAUCACCGUGCAGGUACUUCACUCUACCUUGCAGCAAUGAUUCCAUUCAUUAAAUUCUGGAAGGAAGCAGCUCUUUAACUGCAAAAAAGGUUUUACUCUUUAAAAAAUUCAAAAAAGUUUCAAAUAAAUUUUAGAAGUGCAGAAGGUAGCCUCUUUUUAAAGUUUUUCUUUGAGUAAUGGUGUUUUCAGUUGUUUAGCUCCUAUGAAAACAAAAAAAAAUUAAUUUCAAAUUUUUAUAUUCUCCUAAAAUUUGAUGUUUUUUGUAACAGAAAGAAAGUGUCGGCUGAAAAUUCUCUCUGUCAUUUUGCUAAAACCAGGCCUUUCUAUUUUCAUUUUAUUUACUUUGUACAUUCACAUUCUCUUGGCCAUUCUCCCUUAGGAAACCUUCAGGCAAACCUCUUAAAAUAUUCUCUACUAUCCUAGAAUUUUUUUUUUUUUUUCAAUCUGUAAUGCAAUAAGGUUUCCUUCAUCACCAAUUGAAUACUUUGGAAGAUUCAAGGAUUGAAAUCUUAAUCCGAACGUUUUACUGUGUUUGGCUGCUCUACUUGCGGGCUGUGAUGAAUGUUUUGCUUUGUUGCGUAGCCAGUGAAUUCAUUUUUGAAACCUCAGGGCAGAUUUUCUUUUCUGAGCUUGGCUCAACUCAGAAACGAAGAAAUACUAUUUAGAAUCAUACAUAUUCCCAAGGAGGUAGCUGUUGGUCUCUUUUUGGCAUAUUUUGGCGAGUUAAUAAUCUUGACCCGUUGACUACUAUGCUUACUUGUCCAAGUUGGCAAUGGUAUCCUCUCAAGCAUUUUUCUUGUUCUCUCGAACAGACUCCAGUCUCCAAAAAAAUCUAGACAGUGUGACAAUAUCAAUUCAUGGCUUCCAUUUUAUAUGGAAUCAUUCCAGAAUAGUAAUGAAGUGCAACAUUCUUGUUGUGUUUUUGUUUUCUUUUAAACUUAAUUUUGUUGAUGUCAACUCUAUUAUCUAACUCUUAACGGAAUCAAAAAUAAUUAGACAGAUAGCUCAUCUAGCAACUAUCUGAGUCCAGUCUAUUCAGUAGGCAUUGAUAUGAAGUUGGUUAGAGAGUUUACUUCUCAAUAUCAAGUUGAAAUUUUUAGUUUCACUCAGGCAACAGAUUUCUCCUUACUGUUUCUGCCAUUAAAUGUUUCCACUGUUAAACAAUUUACUCUCAGUUCGAACGGGGAAAAAAAAUAAAAUAAAAUUAAUAUGAAAAGAAGGAAUUAUGUACAUCCUUAUCAGAGAUUUCAGUCUCCUUUCCUAGUGCAACCUUUUUGUAUUCUCUCAAUGGAACAGUGCUUGAGAGGAGCAGCAACCUAACAUCCUCAUUCUAAGUAGUAUUUCAAAUUCUAUUUUAUUAAAAUCUGACACUUGAAACAAUCCUGAAGUUGAAUCGUUGUAUUUUUAUAUCAUUGUUUGUACUAUAUCCUCAGCCAACUAGUUUGUGGUCAUUUUAAUGUACUCAUCUUGAAUUUAGUGAAACGUUCUUGUUCCAAUACUUCACUUUUUCAACAAGUAUAAUGGUUGCCUGUUUUUAUUUUUUCCAAUAUUGUUUUGUUGUUAAUCUUUUGUUUUUUUCUCUCAUGAAACUUUGGGAAUUCUGACUGUAAAUGUAAACUCUAUUAUCAAACUCAAGUGUACCCCCUGACCCAAUCAGUCAAACAUUGGUAAAGCAAAUUACACGAGCCACUAAUGCUGUCCCAACACAGUUCCUUCUCAAACUGGUGGAAUUAGUUGAAGUAGAAUUGGGCCAUUUCUUUGAAAAUAUGGCUGCAUCGAUCCAUGAUUUUUAUCAAAUAGAUUUUAACCCAAAUCGAAAUCAGUUAGUCAAGCAAAUUUUGCUAAUGAUUGUCCAUUUAGACCGACCCCCACUUCCAUUUGAGAUAGGAAGACUGCGAAGUGCUUUCAGUCUUGCGUUAUCCUAUUAUUAGCAUGCAGAAACUUCUGAGAAAUGCAUUUAUGAGAUAGCAAGAUCUUACCUUCAUCUAAAGAAGGACCUUAAAUAGUGUAAUACCACCUAACCACAGUACCACAGUACAUAUUUUCUCAUCAAUUUCUAGAACAUAGUGAGCAUGUAAAAAAUUUGUAAAUUCAGUUCAUUUGUAAACAGCUGCUGUUUUUUAUGCUUGUCAAUUCUAACUUCUGCUCUUUAAAGAACCCAAAUCAACUCUUGAUUCAAAUUUGACACUGAACCAAUUUCAACUCUUGUGGAGCCCAAUUCAAGUUACUUGUUGAAUGUAGUAGUUGUUUUCAUUCUCUGAUUUUAUUUUACCUGAGUUAAGUUUGGCCUUCUCAAAAGAGGGUGGUUAGAAUUGAAUGACUCUGAUGUAAAACUCCAAGUGUUUCUUUCUUGUCUCUAAGUUAAUUCUGACACUGUAAGCAAAUCAGAUGUGUUCAACUUGAAAUUAUGAUGAGGGAACAAGUAUUGUGGUACUUUCCUCUGGUACCAUCUUGUCUAAUGGUGCGAUGGGAUAGAAUUUGAUGAAACUUGAUCCAUUUACCACCUCCAUCUUUUAAACAGAAGUUCAUGCAGGUGUUGAAAGAUUCGGUGUUCAAUUAGUGAGAAAAAAUCCACUAAAAGAGCUUCCUUAGGUUAGACACCUAGGUUCCUGUGCAUUGAUAUUAGGAAAUUAUUCCAUGGCAGGAGCUCAUGAGUCAUGAGACUAAGCAUGAACCGAAGGCUGGAAUUGGUUGAUCGAAUGGUCUCCUGUAUAUAUAAGAAACAGGCUUCAAGUUGCAAAAAGCUAUGCGAAUUUUGUAUGUAAGUUUGUUUAAACGAUGAAUGAAGAAAUUUAAUUUUAUUCUUUAUUGAGAUCAUCACCAACAUCACGAAAAGCAGUUGUAACCAUUGCCUUGAAAUGUAACUGAAUUCAGGCUCAUCAAGUUCUAGCAAAAAUUGAAGAGUCAUCAAGUUCUAGCAAAAAUUGAAGAGUCAAUUAGUAACAAAGGACCAAGUAAUGGACAAAACUUAAUUUUUUUAGCCUUCAAAUUUGACCAAUCAGGCUGAAGCACCGUACUUGUCUUAAUUGGUCAAACAUCAGGAAAUAAUCCAUUAUCCCUUUGCCCUUAUUUUGCUUCUUUUCAAGAGUUGCAAAAAAUGUUUUACAACCAUCAACUCGGAAUGCAACUGAAUUAAGUUUCAUCAAAUUCUAAAAUAGUUCCUUCUGCAAAAUGGAAACGUCAAUUGAAAAUAAUGUUUUUUUCUUUGUUUUUUCACUGCUUUCAUCAUAUUUGAAUUAUCUUGGCAUCUAACAUAUUUUUAAAACAAAUUUUCUUCGUCUCAUCUUAUUGAUUCAUAUUUUAAUAGAGAAAGUGCCCUCCACCCUGCCUGUUGUUAUCACUAUGUUUAAUUUUCGUCUAUUUUUCUCGGUUUUUCUAUGUGGUCUCCAAAUGAUACACCAAUAUAGUAUUUUGAAGAGCAUUCAGUUACCAAAUAACACUACUUAGUAGAAUAUUUGAAGGAAAUGAAGAAACUAUCUAUCACAUGUGUAUACCUAAGUUUAUCUGUUGUGAAAUUUAAAAAAAAAAAAGGUACCUAAAUAAAAACAUUUUUUCAGUCAUUUCGUCCUUGUCACAAAGUUCAGACCCCAUCAACGCAAUAGGUAACUAACAUUGUCUUUCUUCGACGAUUGUAAGACCUAUGAGAUUGAGGCAUGUUUGUACUAAAAAUUAUCAAUAAAAUUAAGAAUAGAUUCAA